GAUGCCUACGCUUAUUAGGGAUCGACUACCUAGUUCCCAAGAUAAAGGAGAUGUCAGACAAAUCAAAAGCUCUUAGGAUCAUCUCCGCCAUCAAUGAUAAGAUAUCGAGUCGUUACAGCAGUAGUGAUGUUGCCAGAAGGAACAGAGUUGUGAUUAAAAAAGAACAGAAAAAUAAAACUGCAAAGGUGAAGAGUAUUAAGGAAACAAAUGCAGACGAAGGAAAUGUUGAUCCUGGUGUCGCUAGUCAGGGUUCGGCUGUGUUUCAAGAGAAGUGGUUGAUGGCAACUAAGAGUUUUUCCUCUAGUGAUUCAGCUGAGGAAGACAUGAUUCCUGUUAUACCAAAAGGACGUCAGCUGCCAAGGACACCAGUAAAAACAUCAGUGGAAACAGAAGAGGAGCUACAAGUUUUAUCUGUUGACAAAGCAAGUGGAAAUUCCACCUUUAAUGUUGAAAAUAUUAGUGAGGUUACAGACUCUGAAGAAUCGUCAAAUCAUGACAUAAAAAAUCUUUUAGACCAAAGAGAAGCAAAUUACAUUCCCACUGGAAAGCAGAUACCAAGGACUCCACAUUUGCAGGAGGAAUUGCAUUCAAGUGAAGACUUGGAAAGCAAUUCUUUCGUCUGCCAUAAUGCAUUAGUGCUACCAACAAAUAAUAAUCUUACAGAAAACAGUAAUGGAAGUGAGCUGAAAGAAGAGGCUUUAGGAAAUGAAACAAACCAUGCAGUCCCAUUAAUUUCUAGAGAAGUGCUAUCACUUUCAUCAUGCAGCACUGAAAUGUCAAGACAAAAAUAUCAUUCAAAAGAAGAAUGUUCCAAAAUAGAAGCAUCACAAUAUCCAGAUUUUCAAAAUGAUCGGUUAAAUGCUGAAGUUGUUGAGCAGAUACCUGUUGCUUCCUCGACUCUUCAGAAUGAUUUACCUGAAGCUAAAAUCCUCAAACUUUUAAAUGAAACUUUUUCUCUCUCUUCCCCAGCUGUUGAAACUUGUAAUUUUAAAAUUUCUGCAGAAUAUGACAAGAUGCAAACAUCUAAUGUCACCUCAGAAUUUUAUGUGGGCCUUGGAAAUUCAAGUGAUUUUAGCAAUGAAACAGUUAAGGUAGAAAAUGAAUUUCAACAAGAUAGAACCUUCUCAGUCUUGGAAUCCCCCACUGUAUCUUGUGUGCAGUCUGUAUCACAGAUUUCAUCAGAGUUUGUUUGCUAUUCUAAAUCUUUAGAAGCAACCAAGAAACUUGUUAAUUAUUCCUUAAAUGAAAGCUCUCCCUUUGAACUUCCUGAACCUAAAAACAAAAUGAUUGCAAUAACACAGAGAGAUGGAUCAACAGGGAAAAAUGAUAAUUCAGUGAUCUCUGAUCUUUUAAAAUACACCAUGUCAAAAGAUAAAGGAAAUGAAGCUGCUGAAAAAUUAUCAGUUUCACUGAAUGAAGAUCAAUCAGAACUCAAAGAAAAUGUUGAUGCAAGCUACUUAAGUCAUGAAAGUAGUCCAUAUGGAGCCUGUCUUCUUACACCACCAGUUGGCUUCAGUGAUGAUGAUAAAACUUGUUCAGGUAUGCCAAAGAAACUGUUGAGCAAGACACAUGGUACUGACCAUCAUGCGCAAGAUGAAUGUACCCAUUCAUAUUUGGACAUCCCUAGUGAUAAUACAUCAGUACAGCCAUUUGUGGCACAGGUACUUUGUGAUUCUCUGGAGCACAGUUUUCCAAAAUUAUCAUUAGGAUUAGACGAAUAUGAGACAGAAAAUGAUGAAUCUCGAGUAAUUCAUUCUGCACAAAGUCCUGUUUCUCCACAUAAUGCUGCAAAUAAAAAUGAAACUUUCACUCAAAGUGAAACUUCAGAAGCCACUCUGAGUGAAAUAUUGCAAAGUUGGAAAGAUACUGAGGUUAACUGUGAUAAGAAUCUUGGUAUUUUUCAACUGCAAUCUAAAAUUAAGAAGAGAGAACAUAACAUGAAAGAUUCACAGGUCAGAGAAGAUUCCUUGAUUAUGGAUAAGGAUUCUACUCUAGUAGCUACUGCUAAUUCAGUUAAGGAAGUGGAAUUUAAUGACUCCUUUGAUAUUUUCCCUAUAAAAAAAGGAAAGAGAAUAGCUAAAAAUGUUAAAGAAACUAAAAUUUCCUCGUUGGGUAUGGAAGGUACCUCAGAAAAUGCCACAAGAGAUGAAGAGGAUUUGAAAUGUAUUAAAAAAAGACUGGGUACACUUCGGAAGGAAGGAAAAAUAAAAUCAAGUAAUAGCUUGAGGAAGAACACACGAAAUUCGCAAGCUGUUACACAAGAUGAGCCAGCAAGUCUCUUGGAUGAAACUUACUUAGUAAAGAAAGAUGAAGUUCUUAAUGAGAAGAAAAUUAUGGAAAAUGACAGACCUGUUAACAAGAAAGAUAACCAGCAAAUUCUGAGGAAAGACAAACCAAAGCUGAUUAGAGAUGAAGUAUUCUUGAAGGAUAACAAAGAUGAAGGUUUAAAAAUAACCAGAAAUAUUCAUGCUGACUCUAAAGAAAAUGAAAAUAAUUCUAGAAAACUUAAAUCUUCAGAAAAUAAGACAAAACAGCAUAAUGGCAGUAAAAGAAUUAAAAGAUCAUGUAAACAAGAUGUCACUAAGAGUCCUGAGCAUACAGACAUAAGCUAUCAUUCACCAAAAUUUAAGACAAGACCAACAAGAAAAACUAAAAAAGACUCUACAAAAGAUAUACUGUUAAACAAAGAUUCAAAUAAAUAUACAAAUGAUAAUGAAUCUGAAAGUUGUGAGAGAUCAUUAGCCAAAAUUAUUGAUCUCAAUGAAAACUUUAAAAAACCAAUUUCAGCUAGAAGCAUUACAGCAAAACAUACUAAAAACGUAUGCUUUACCAACACAGCCUCUACUGUGGAGGAAGAAUGGGGUAGGAUCUUUGACACUAAGGAAAGUAAGCCAAAAGCUGUAGCAGGGAAAAAUUAUCUGUCAGAAUUGGAUGUUAGCGACCCUGACGACGGCUUAAAUUCUUUUGAUGAAAAAGGAAAAAAUGGCAGAAAAGAAGUAGAUACUCACAAGAAAAUUCACUCUGAUGAAAGUAUGCCUGUACCUGUUAUUGACAGUAACCAUAAAAUAUCUUCAAUAAUGGCACCAUUAAAUAUAGGAACAGAAAGUCCAGAUCAAGGUGAGGAAAGUAAAUAUGCAGAGGAGACUGGAGACAAAAAAUCGUUAAGUCAGAUUAGCACAGUUAAGGUGCAAAAUAUAAUAAACCCUGCUGAACAGAUUACUAUGUCAAAUAAAGACAUGAAAAAGAGAAAAGCUGCUUCUAAACAGUUAAUAACUACUCCCAGUUCCAUUCUAGAUGAUGAAGUUUGUGCAGAUCUUCAAUCAUUAAAUUUGCAUUCAUGUGAAACAGUAAGACCACAAGCAACUGGAAGAGAGUAUUCAAAAACUCAAUUUGCUGAAAGUUCUAGCACGUUGAGCAUUAAACAAAAAAAGAAGCAUGUUGACUCGGAACAAUUGCCUGAAUGUUCAAGUACUCGACCACCAAAUGAAAUUGACUCGCAGUUCCAAGCAUUAUCACUUCAACCAAAUGACAAAUCAAAUACAGAUUCAGUUUUAAAUGAUUCUUCUCCUCCAACAAAUAAAAUGACUAAAACAAAAAUUAUAAGAGAGAGGGAAAAUAAAAUAGGGUUAUGCAGGAACAAAUCCUCCAUAUCAGAGAAGAAAGUAGUUCAAGAGAUCAUCUCUACUAAUCAUGAUCCAGAUACAGAUGAAAAAAUCAACAAUAAACAAAGGGCACGUAGAACACAGGCAUCCACAAGUGGAAGAAAUAAACAAAUUAAAAGCUUGGAAAAGGAAAAUGUACCUCAUGACAGUUUAAAUUCAAGAGCAGGUACCGCACAAGACAAAGAUAAAAAGGCUAAAAUAUGUAGAACAAAAAAUGUAGAUGAGAAUAAAAAGAGCAUAAGUGACGAAAGUUUUCUAGAAAAUUCUUAUGGAAACUCUGGCCCCACAAGAGCUCCAUUGAGUCGCAGAUGUAAAAAUAAGGCAUUAACGGCUAUUUCCGAGAUCUAUAAAGAUUCGGAUGAUUUCUCAUAAAAUUUAAAUGUGUAAAAAAAACUGAUGUGCAGUUAUUAUUUUGAGGUUUAAUGUAAUGUUAUGUAAGAAAUUACUUCAUUAUAUUGUAAUAUUUAUAUUUUCUUAUUUGGUUGUACACUCCAAAAGCAAUAAAUUUUGUAGGAAAGGCACAGUGAGCCCUACAGAUGUACGUACGUACUAAGAAUAUGCUGAUUUUAGGUAGUCAUUGCUUUUAUUAAAGAAAGAUUGCUUGAAUAAUUUAAAACUUCAAUAUUUUGCUGUGCACAUUUUUGUAUUUGCUGUGAUGAAUAACCUUUAAUUAAAAACUAACUACAU